UCCUUUAUCGUGGAGGGGAAAUGGCGUCCGCUACCCGUAUCAUCCAGCGGCUGCGGAACUGGGCUUCUGGGCAAGAUCUGCAGGCGAAGCUGCAGCUACGCUACCAGGAGAUCUCCAAGCGAACUCAGCCUCCUCCCAGUCUCCCUGUGGGCCCCAGCCACAAGUUCUCCAACAAUUACUACUGCACUCGAGACGGCCGCCGGGAAGCUGUGCCCCCUUCUGUCAUCAUGUCUUCACAGAAAGUGUUGGGUUCAGGCAUGCCAACAGAGAGGUCAGCUGUCAUGGCCACUGAGAAGAAGGCGGUAACACCAGCUCCUCCCAUAAAGAAGUGGGAGCUGUCCAAGGACCAGCCUUACCUGUGAUGCUGUGUCCUAGGGCCACUUGACUGCUUUGCCUCCUUGGAUUUGGUCCAGGGAGAAUGUGGCCUAAUUUAUUACAAAUAUAUCGAGCUUCAUUAUCAUUUCUGCUUUUACUUU